AUGCACAAUACCGGUUAUUCCGCGUUCCUGCCAGUUUCAGACGGAUUCGGUCAUGAGAUGACCUUGGCGACAACCAAGCGUGCGGUGGGGCGUAACAUCAUGGUCUUCGCCAGCGAAGUGCCAGUCAUCAGCGCGCUGAACCCAUACCGCAAGAUUGAGGACGUAUUCCUGGAUGUAUGGCGCCGCACGAACCCUAGCCAGGUCUCCUCUCUCCAGAAACAUCUUUCUCUAGCUCUUCCGAGUCCCGAAGAGAAGAUGCAGGCCAUCGUACAGGACUUGGGGGCCGCUCCAGCCAUCAGCGAGCUGAUUCAAGAGGCCUCUAAAGCCAAGACUAUCCACCAGGUGGCUACAGCUCAAGCUAAAGUGGUGACAUCAUUGCCGUCCACCACCCCAGCCGACGUCAAGGCCGAAGUGGUGCAAUUCGUGACCUCUACAAUGCACAAGGGCUUUGGAGUUAAGCAGGAGACGGCGGGCAUUGAGCAGUAUCAAGAAAAGACCAAAGUGGUGGUUAAAGAGAGAAAUCUGGUCUUCUCCAAAAAGAAAAUAGCCACUGUAGGGGGCUACAACUUGCUAGUGGGGGGCAAGAUCGACGGCCGAGCGGACGGGAAGGUGAUUGAAGUCAAGAAUCGACUCAAGAGGUUCAUGAACCCUUUGCCUAAGUACGACAUUGCCCAGUUGCAGACGUAUCUGUACAUUUUGGACGUGCCAGAAGGGGAAUUGGUGGAACAUUUGCAUGCCGACAAAGCGCAGACCAAAAUGACCAAAGUGUCGUGGGACGACAAAAUGUGGAACGUGGAGAUUCAACCGUACCUGUUGCGGUUUGGCAGUGGUGUCCUGACCGAGCGAGACUUCCAUAAAGCGCUUCACAUUCUUGACCAAGAUAGGAACGGUGUGAUCGACAGAGACGAGUUCACUGAGUGGUGGAUACGACAAGGAGCUAGUAUCAAUGGCACGAACGGAUCUGGCUGCACUCCAGUGUUCUUCGCUGCCCAGCAAGGACACGUGGGGGUGGUCGAGCUGCUGCUACAGAACGGAGCAGAACUUCGCAUUUCGGAGAACAAGAAUCUGAACCCACCAGGACGAGAAGAUCUCGGCUAA